AUGUUGCUUUCGUUGAACAGCGAUCAACGAAAGCAUGUCGUGUCGGACAAUUUCAUGAAGUCGUACACUUUUCUUGCAAUCGUUGUCACAGUAGUGGCUUUCCCUGCACAGAAGUCAAAUGAUAAUGGACUUCUUCGAAUGAUGCAGCUCAAUGUUAAGGAGAAUAACAGCUACGGGAAUGGCAACAAAACCUUUAAUGGACAGCACCACCAGCAGAGUGGUGGUUUCCAAGGGGGAGAACCUCAGCAGAAUGGUGGUUUUCAAGGAGAACCUCAGCACAACGGAGUAUUCGCGCAGUUUGGAGGCCAACAGAAUGGUGGUUCCCAAGGAGGAGAACCUCAACAGAACAGAGGAUUCCCACAAUUUGGAGGGCAACAGAAUGUUGGUUCCCAAGCAGGAGAACUUCAAAAGAACAGAAGAUUCCCACAAUUUGGAGGACAACAGAAUUGUGGUUCCCAAGCAGGAGAACCUCAACAGAACAGAGGAUUCCCACAAUUUGGAGGACAACAGAAUGGUGGUUCCCAAGCAGGAGAACCUCAACAGAACAGAGGAUUCCCACAAUUUGGAGGACAACAGAAUGGUGGUUCCCAAGCAGGAGAACUUCAAAAGAACAGAAGAUUCCCACAAUUUGGAGGACAACAGAAUGGUGGUUCCCAAGCAGGAGAACCUCAACAGAACAGAGGAUUCCCACAAUUUGGAGGACAACAGAAUGGUGGUUCCCAAGCAGGAGAACCUCAACAGAACAGAGGAUUCCCACAAUUUGGAGGCCAACAGAGUGGUGGAUACCUUCAGAGAUGGCAGAUAUCGACGAAUAAAAAAUUCAAUUUUAAUGAACAAGGGAAGAGGAAUAGUGACUUUUCUCUCACUGGAUUAGAUGCGACUAGUGGGAGAUUCUCUGGACAGUUCCCAAAGGAUGGUGAACCCCUUCAGAGAGUAUAA